AUGGCACCGACUGCAGUUUUGAACACCGCAAGUAGCAAGCUUGAGGCAUCCGCGAAGUCUUCCAGCAAAUUCAAUGACUUAUCCUCCGACGGCAAUGAAUUGGCUAUACCCAUUGACCCGCCCUUAAACCCCGAGCACCGCUGGUGGUGGGACCGUUGCGCACCGCUCUUGAACAGCUUGCUCACAAGUGCUGACGGAUACACUCCGGAGGAGAAAGCAGACCACUUGCGUGUCUUCCGAGACGUGGUUGUACCCUCAUUUGGUCACCCGACACCAAAAGCUAAAGUCAGACCCCUUCUCACCUAUGAUGGCUCAACCUUUGAGCCCUCAUGGAACUUCACCAAGGGUGACGAUAACGUGAUUCGUUACACCUUUGAGCCUCUCGGCAAUUCUGCUGGUUCAGAUGAGGAUCCCUUUGCGGGGGAAAUAGGGGCGGCUUUGAUACCAUUGCUUUCCAAGGUGUCGUCUGGUGUCGACAUGCGCUGGUAUGAGCAAAUCAUGAAGAGGUGGUUCGUCACACCAGAAGAGGCCGCUAUGGCCCGAAAGAAGAUGCCAUCUUUCGUCAAGCGCGUGCCACAGCUCUUCCUCGCCUACGACAUGAAGGGUUCUCAGCGCACUCUCAAGGCGUACUUUUUCCCUGUUCUCAAGCACUUCGCGCUGGACGUCACGACAAGUAAGCUGGUUUUUGACAUGAUCCGCGACCUGCAGCCUUGUGGAGAUGAACUCGCCAAGACAGCAGAGAAGCUUCAGAAAUACUUGGCGACAUGCAAGGAACCAUGUCUAGUUGAGAUGAUGGCCAUCGACUGCAUCGACCCCCACAAGGCGCGUGUCAAGGUCUAUGCUCGAACUAUUUCCAAUUGCAAGGCUGUUCUCGCUGAUGUCCUCACGCUGGGUGGAACACAGACGGAUGAAGCAACAAUGAAGGGCGUCGAGACUGCAGAAAAAGUCUGGCAUUUGCUUCUUGACGAACCUGAGGGCAUGGCUCCCACUCAGCGAAAGGAUGCUAGGGACAUGCAGAACUUGCACAAGGGAAUAUGCUUCGCCUUCGAACUAAAGCAGGGAGAAGAGCGUAUUGAUAUCAAGGCUCACUUGCCAUGGGGCCAAACCGCGAGGAGCGACGCUCAGACCAUCGUGAACUUCACGCAAGCACUGAAAAACGUGGGAUGGGACGAUUCUGCAGAGAAGUUUUCGAGGGGUGCGACUGAAACUGCAAAACUACCCGGUCGAGAUUAUUCCAAGCCUGGCGGCCUUUCUUACGUCUCUUAUAACUACGGUGAAAAGGGUCUUUAUAUGUCUUCGUACUUCUCGCCGAAGGUUCAGGACAAUUAA